CCCCAUAAUAAAUCUUACAGAAAGCUCACACUAAACAGCAUUCAGUCCCACUCAAAGUUCCUGGCGUAGGACUGGUAGACCGUUCCGCUUCACCCCGCACAUUUUUUUUGCUCCAACUGAUUCUUCAUACUUCCCGUCGACGUCUGCAUUUUCUAUUCGUCCGGGCUCGCCAGUGAUCGAUCGAGAAAUGGAUGCAUCCGGGCUUGUGAUUUCCCGCAAGGAAGAUGUAGUGGAAACGCUGCUGCGUUUAUUGGUGGGGCCUCUCUUGCCAGUAUAUCAUAUCCCACCAGGAGAUCCGCCUAUCGAUAAACAACAAUCAGUAGCUAAACAGCUGCAUGCAGUUGUGUUGCUGUACAAUUACUACCACCGGAAACAGUUUCCUCAAGAAGAGCAUUUGGAUUUUGAGGCAUUUUGCAAAUUGGCUGUUACACUAAGGCCAGUUUUAGCUUGGCAUUUGAACUCCAAGCCUCCGUCAGAUUCUGAGGAGUUAGAUGGCCGUGAAAAGCAACUCUCUAUUGUAGAAAGAUCAAUCCAAGAUGCAUGCAACUUAUCUCUCAUUCUAGAUGCAUCCAAAACUAACCCCGUAAUAGAAGGAUGGGAAAUUUCAAAAGUUUCUGUUUUGUUACUGGACUCUGAUAUGGAGAACUGUUUUCUGAUGUUUGGUCCUGUCAAUAAAGGGGUUUGGUCUUUUCCUGAAAAAAGCAUCGAAAUCCCCGCCAGUGAUUCAAAAGAUGUGAAUAAAAGAAAACGAAUUGGCGGAACAUUGUUAAAAAGGGAACCAAAAACUAGCGAGUCAAGAUUGCAGCAGCUUGCAUUUUUGGCAGUUCAGGAUGCAACAGGUAUUAAACGAGCUGAUCUUACUGUUUUGGGGAAGCACAUUGUAUAUUCUUUAAGCAAAGCAAAGACAACCACCUGCUUUUACAUAAUGCAAUGCACUAAACCAACUCCAAAUUUUAUAAUCUCUCUUAAAGGCACUAUCAAGAGCUUGCAGGGCCCACUGGUUGUGAAGAGGUCUAUCUGGUGUUUUACUACUCCUGUUGUUGAGCAUUUUCAGCUGCUUCCUUAUGCCACUAUCUUGUCAGCCUUGCACCCAGGAGAGACCGCCUCAAGCACUUUGCAAAGUUCAAUUUGUAAAAACACUCCGUCUGCUGAUGAAAAUGCAUCUCCAGAUAUGGGAGAGUCAAACAUCACAAUGUUGGGUUCCACAGAUAACCACAACUUGGUUUGUGAAAUAAAUAAGAAGCAUGAUGGAGGUACCUAUCAUAAAUCUAGUGACACAGAAAUAGGGAGUGAGAUUACAUCUUCAAAGAUGGGGGAUACAAGCACCAAGAUGUUGGAUUGCUUAGAUAAUGACUGCGACAAUAUGGCAGAGGUAGCUGAGAAAGUAAUUCUUUCAGCAUCUAAGGGAAACUCAUCAUUGCAGACAGCACUUGGUGUCCUCUCCAAGGAAAACGAGGCACUGUGUAAUAAGAAACGCUGCAUAGAAGAGAAGAUUGCCUUGUUAGACAAAAGUAUCCUUGAAGUCUUAGAUGGAAGGGAAGAUGGUUUGGCACUAGAAAUACAAAAAAAUGACAGUUUUUGUGAUGAAAUGUGCUUGAAGGAAACCCAUAUCCAAGAAGUACAGCAUCAACAUUCUGUAGACUUGGCCUAUCUUCAACGUGUGAACAGCAGGACAAAUGAAGGUCAUGUUCCCUCACUACGACCUGCAAGCCAGGAAUUGGAUGCUAUAUGUUCUGCAAAUGGCUGGAGGCUUCCGGCAUAUAGGCUUUCCUCAACCCAUGGAGCAUAUGUUACGGAGCAUGCCCUGUCUGCACGUAUCAACGGAGUAGGUGGAGAGAGAGAUAUUAAAGAUGGGCCAGGUCUCAUUGAACAUAAUGGGUUGGGUUAGGAUGUUCAUGACACUGCCCGUGCCUGAAGGGUUGAGCCGAGCGGGCUGCCUGGUGGUGCUUGUGUUAAGAUUAUGAUAAAAGGAACGAGUUUUGAAUGCUCUUGUGAUGGUGAUCAACAAUCUGAUUCCUCAGAAGCAAAGGAGUUGGCGGUUGCAAAGCUGAUCUCCAGGUUGGGUACUAUAUCUAACAGAAAUGAUCAUUGAAAGCUUUGGCUAAAAUCAACUAUCUUGCGAUUGUGGUUCAAUCACCAGAUCAUAUACUGAAGAUGAAUGAGUUGACAGAUUUUGUUUGACGGCUGCUUCAUGAUGUAAACACCAAUAAUGGUUUUGUUCAGUGUGUGUGUGUGUGUAUGUAAUUGUGAUUGUGGGGAUAUUACCAUCCUAUCAUAUUCUGCAUCAAUGAAUUGCAUCUUUAAGUGAGCAGAAAGUAUACUGCACAAUGUUUUGGUUUGUUUGUAUGGCUAAGGCAUCCUCUGGAGUCUCUGGACACCUUCACACUUCUUCUAGUGAGGAGAAAACAUCCCUUUGUUGGAAGAACUUGUAGUUAAGAGGGCAGUUUUUACAGAUACGAAGGCCCAUGCUAAGGUUGAAUGCUCAAUUGCUCAUGAUGAGCUUGAAGAGAUUUCAAUGUAGUUUCUGAAUAUGUUUAUUUUAAUUAUUAAAAAAUAAAUCAAUUAUCAAUAAAGAGAAUUUAACUUUAACUGUUG